AUCUGCCACCUAAUCGUUUUGCUUCUAAUCCUCUGCUAACGUUUUCUAGAUUCUCCGAUAUAUACUGUAUCUCCUCCUGGAUCGAUUCAUUUAUCUCUCCCUUUUUUCCCCCCCUUUUUCCUUGCAGCUUGGUAAAUGAGUAUGGAAGAUUAUGACUUUCUCUUCAAGAUAGUUUUAAUCGGGAACGCUGGUGUGGGGAAGACCUGCUUAGUACGACGGUUUACACAGGUAAUCUUUCCCCCCAACCCUUCGUUUCCCUUCCCUUCUUUUCCCUGUUGUGGGGAAAAACAAAAGCUGCAGAUUUGGGACACGGCGGGACAAGAAAGAUUUCGUUCCAUCACGCAGAGCUAUUAUCGCAGUGCCAACGCGUUAAUCCUGACCUACGACAUCACCUGCGAAGAGUCCUUCCGGUGCCUCUCCGAGUGGUUGCGGGAAAUCGAGCAAUAUGCCAGCAAUAAGGUCAUCACCGUCCUAGUUGGAAACAAGAUUGAUUUAUCCGAUAAGCGAGAAGUCUCCCAACAGAGAGCCGAAGAGUUUUCCCGAGCCCAGGAUAUGUACUAUCUGGAGACCUCGGCAAAAGAAUCCGAUAACGUGGAAAAACUCUUUUUGGACUUGGCUUGUCGGCUGAUCAGCGAAGCGAGGCAGAACACCCUGCUGAACAAUGUGGAGUCUCCCUUGCCGGGCGAAGGAAAAAGUAUCAGUUAUUUGACUUGUUGCAAUUUUAACUGAUCCGCGUUUGAAACCCCAAGAGUGAUGACUGCUCCUUUUACAGGCCUCUCUCUCCGGAGGCAAAGGCUGCUAUGACCCGGUCUGACUGGUGGAGAUACUCAGGCACCCGAUCAUGAAGCAUGCCAAGCUGGCCAUUUGUCUGCAGGGUCAGUCUAGAAUAUAAUCCCCCUUUUCCCCCCCUUUUCUUUUUAACACAUGUCCCAUCCCGGAGCCCCCGAAAAUUUGGAGAUUAAAGAUUCAAAAAGAUGCUAGGUAGCGGCUGGUGUUCACUUCUCGGAAGCACCUGGGAUCCUUUCCCUUGGAAAUUCAGGAUGAAUUGUGCCUGCCUUUUACAUCUUUACAAGAAGGAAAACGAGAGGCGCGUUAGAAAAUGGCUGCGGAUUGCCAGCUAAGUUGACAACGCUUGUAUAUAAACCAGGACCCGGAGUGCCAUUUUGUAUGGCACAAACUCCACCGAGUGUGCGUGUUGCGUGCGUGAUUUUUGUUUUGUUUUUUUAAAAAACCCUAAGUAUUAAUGCAUUUGUGUUCUGGGAUUUUGGUAAACGCGGAAGUUAAAAAAAAACGGGAUAGGCUGGUUCGUUAGCAAUCAGGUGGUCUUGAGAUUGGACGGCUGCCCUUUCGGUUCUUGUAUUCCCGAAGCUAAAUUUUCUCUGGGGUCAGCUUACUCUCUUCUCCACAGAUAGAUGCGUCCUUGCAAAGGGAUGGAUCCUAAAUACAGCCGUCUUUUGGUUAGUUCACGCCUGCGGGGCACUGCUUGUUCCGAGGAUAAGAGACCAACGACACAAAUUUAAGAGUUGGCCGCUAGUUAUCCCUGCACCUCUGAUCAAAUAAGAGUCCCAAAACUUUCUCUCAGCUCAGCAUUUUGCCAUACGGUGGGGCUUCCAAACCCACUUCGUUUCUUGCAGAAAGGAGCUCUUAAAAGUUUAUACAUAACACUCCACCGGUCUUGGAUUUAGCCAAAAUAGCUUCUUUGUGAGAAAUGCUGUUUCCGGGAAAUCUGGAUUUCAGAUGCGGUUGAGAGAAUGUGGCAGUACCUAUGCACAAAUGUCAUUCGUGGGGAGUAAUUUGUUAUUGAUGCAUUUGAGGAAUGGGGCAUGGAUGGUCCUGUGUUUGUCCUGGGAAGUUCUUAGAAGUCCCUCUUGAAAUGAGCUGCUCAACGUAGCAGGUAGACCUCAUGGCUGAAUCCUGCUUUUAUAACUAGACCCACUAGCACCAGUUCUGGAGUUUGCUCUCUUGUUGGAAAAAGGCGUGUACAAUUUCAAUUAAAAAAAAAAUACGGUUGAGGGGGCGGGGAAAAAACAGCGUGUUCUAAACCUUUUAGGCGGCUUUAUCGAGGCUGCGAUCCUCUUGCAGAGUACGUAGCUCUCUAAAGCUAAUUUAAAAAGGCAGAAACGCAAGCCUGCUUCCCAGAGUCACUUGGGAGAUUCGUUUGUUUGUUGUACUUGGGAUUUCACUAUGCACGGGCCCUUGUGCGCGUACGCCAAGAACGGUGUGUAAGCAAUACCCUUGAACCAAAGCCUCGCUGCUGCUGGAAGGACGGUACGCACAAAAGUCUCGUGCGCGCAAGUUGGCAAAUUCAGCACUCCCAACGUCGAAUUGCAAGGAGUCAACGCAAAUUUCCUCCCCUAUCGGUGCUUCAUUCCUUGCAUUCCUUGAAGGGGGACAAACGGACUUGUCUGGAACGCAAUGGGCUCACGAUGGGUUAUUAAGAUUAGCAUGUCACGGCUGGAUGUUCUAUAUUGAGCAUCACUUAAUUUGGGUAAUUGGGAAGAAGCAAGAGAUUUUGGUAUCCAGUGCAGAGGAGGUUCUACACCACAUCAGCCUCCAGUAAAAGCAGUCGUAUCGUCAAUUCAAGAGGGCCAGCUGGUACAGGAUAUUUGGGGGGGGGAUUCAAUUGUGCUCAAACUGUGACUGAUGUCCCCUUUUGCAUUAAAAUAAAGCUGCUAAAAUUUUAGCCUUUUUGAGAAUAAAGCUGACAUUUUAAAAGCGUU